UAAAAAAAACAAAAAACAGGAGAAUUAUUAAUUAUUAUUAAUUAAAAGAAUAAAAAUUCUUGGGAGGACUUCUGGUGCUAUGCAAAUUUAAGGUGGGGCUAUAGCCGCAGCAGGCCCUGCCCUAUAGCAGCACUACUGUAUAUUAGGCUGGUGUAGUUUGCUGGAGGACAGCUGGAAAAGGACACUGAAAACACGAUAGACAUGGCAUCAGAACCCAUUGAACUGGCAGCCCUAGGAAGACCUCUGUUUCCUGGUAUGCUGUAUGACUGCCGCAAGGAUUCCUUCAUUCCAGGUGUUACUCUGUGGGAUAAGAAAUCGCUGAGGGAAGAUUUGGACAGUCGUCCGCAGCUCAUGACAGAUUUGAAGUUCAGUAGCUCUGACUCUCUCUCUAGUAAGUCCAAUCUUCUAGAUGUAAGCGCUUCCCUGAAGGCCAGCUUUUUGGGGGGGCUGGUGGAGGUGGGAGGAUCUGCCAAGUACCUGCGUAACACCAAAUCCUCCAACCAACAGUCCAGAGUAACAAUGCAUUACAGUGAAACCUCAAGAUUCGAUCAACUCACUAUGACUCAGCUGGGCCAGAUCACUUACCCUGAGGUGUUUGAGAAGAAAACUGCAACUCACGUGGUCACCGCUGUGCUGUACGGAGCUCAAGCCUUCAUGGUGUUUGAUCGCUCAUUUGCAGAAGAUGAAAACAAGCAGGACAUUGAGGGAGAAUUGAAUGUCAUGGUCAAGAAGAUCCCUGGAUUUUCCAUUGAGGGAAAAGGAGCUUUAAAAAUGACAGAUGAAGAUAAUAAAAAGGCUGAGAAUAUCACCUGCACAUUUCAUGGCGAUGUCCGUCUCGAGCAGAACCCCACCACGUACCUGGAGGCCCUAGAGGUGUACAAGAACCUCCCCAAACAGCUGAAGACAAAUCCACAGAAUGCAGUGCCAAUAAAAGUCUGGCUCUAUCCUCUAACUUUACUGGAUACAAACGCAGCUCGGUUGGAGAGAGAAAUCAGCACACGCUUGAUUUCCAGCACUGAAGAUAUGAUGGAGGACCUGGCGGAGGUAGGGAGGACAUGCAAUGACCUGUCCAGAAGAACAGAGGUAAAUGUUUUCAGUGACGUCAAAAAAAGGCUGCGCUCAUUUCAGGAUUCAUUUAUCAAUUACAAGAUGGUGCUACAGAAAGCAUUGGCCAGGGUCUUGCCUACAAUUCGAGGAGGAGGUAUGGAGGAACAAUCCCUGGAAAACAUCCUGAUCAUCCACUACAGCUCCCCUUUUAAAGCUGACUUGCUUAACCAAUGGUUAGAUGAUGCAAAGUCUGAGCUUUACUUAUUGAAUAAUCCCAGCAAGACGCUGAUUGGGAUCAACACUGAAGAUUCAGACAGGCUCAACGGCAUCCUUCUUGAUCCUGAUAUUAAUGUUGUGGUGUGCUUGACCUUCACAUCUCUAAAAUAUAAAGACCCAUAUCUUUCAACCCUGAAAGAGUUUCAAAUAUCUGACAAGUUUAAACAGCUAAAUGAAAAAAUAAACCUGCCUUCUGUGACAUCAGACAUCAGAAAGUGGUUCAAAGAUCCUGAUGUCAUUGCAAAGAUGAGAGAGAACUUAUUCGUCUUCAAGAAAUUUUCAGAGGCCAAUAAAAAUGAGAAGAAUAUCCGAUUCAUUAUUUCUGCCAUCUCCAAUCCCUCCAUUCCAGGCUCCUCCAUCUAUUUGUAUGAAAAUGGGAAACUGACAGACACACAGUUCCAGCCCGUGUCCAAGCCGCCCACACCAAUAGUGAAGAGUGUCCAGGCACAAACUGUGUCCCUGAAAUUGCAGAAGUCCCCAACUGGAGAAACAGUGAAGUACAGAGUGGAGUACCAGCAGGUGAAAGCAGAUUCUGGAGCUGAGGAACGGUGGCUUGUCAUAGACACAGCUGAUGAAGACUUCACGCUGACUGAACUGGUAUCUGGAAAGCAGUACCUGAUCCGCUACAGGAUAGUGGGUAAAGUGGGAGUCAGUGAAGCCAGUGAUACUGUCAGCCCAGAGACACUCUCUUCAUUCAUUGUUCCCAGGACCAGGGACGACUUCCUACAAUAUUCCCAUCAGCUCACUCCGGAUCUGAACUCAGUGAAUCAAUGGCUCCGUCUGUCUGAGAGAAACAGAGUGAUUACUAAGACUGACACAGAUCAGCCGUAUCCUCAUCAUCCAGACAGAUUUGAUUAUUAUCGUCAGGUGUUGUGUAGAGAGAGUGUGUGUGGACGCUGUUACUGGGAGAUCGAGUGGAGAGGAGAUUAUGUGUUUAUAUCAGUGUCAUAUAAGAGCAUCAGCAGGAAGGGAGGAGGUGAUGAGUGUGUGUUUGGACGUAAUGUUCAGUCCUGGAGUUUGAACUGCUCUCCCUCCAGUUACUCAUUCAGACACAAUAACAUAGAGACUGAUCUCCCUGUGAAGCCCAUCAGCAGGAGAAUAGGAGUGUAUGUGGAUGAGAGUGCAGGAACUCUGUCCUUCUACAGCGUCUCUGACACAAUGAGCCUCAUCCACACAGUCCACACCACAUUCACUCAGCCGCUCUAUCCUGGGUUUUUAAUUGGUUCUGGAUCAGUGAAACUGUGUUGAUGAAUCAGAAGAGACCGACAAGAGAUUCUACCCAGAAUGCUUUGAGCUGCACGAUGAAUCACUAACAGUGGGAUGUUAUAGAGUCUCUUCCUCACAUUAAUAUUAACAUGAAUCAGAAUAAAUGUGUCAGAAAUCCUCAUCUAGACAGUAAAUCAGUGAGUGAUGAUCUGUGUUUCUGUGCUUUUCUCAUUAAAAUCAAACUCACAUCAAUCAUUUGUAUUAUUACUAUCAAAAUCAGUCUGAUAUCUUAUUCAUGUAAUUUUCUUUAUUGUAUUGUCAAAUGAUCUUGAAAUCAUAUUUUAUUUGAUGAUGAAUGUGUGAAAUGUCUGAAUGCUGCAUGAAUUAUGAAUAAAAUCGAUUAAUCGACUGAAAUCAGCUUCAGGAGAGUUUCUGAUGUUAUCAAAUAUGACAUUAAUCACAGCAUUUAAUAAAAUAUAUUCAUUCUAACUAUAAGCUGAGGGAUGAGUUUUCCGUCCAGGGUCUUUACAUCUUCCGUGGUGCCAGACUCGUGGUGCCUGUCUCAUUGCACCACACACUGUUCACCCUGGCCUAAGAAGGUCAUCAGGGUAUUGUACGCACUAAACAGCGUCUUUACUGGUGGCCUCAUAUGGACUCCCAGGUGCAGGCCUGCAUAUCUGCCUGUAUCUCUAGCCAGUCCAAUGAUAAGACAGCUCUCACUCAGCCAGCUCUUCUACAGCCUGUUCGACUCCCUGACGGUCCCUGGAAGAAAUUGGGCCUUGAUAUUGUAGGGCCAUUUGAGACUGCUGUUCCUGCUUGUUCGGUAUGCUGUGACUCUAACUGACUACUAUUCAAAGUGGCCCGAGCUUGCCUUUUACCCAUUCGCCACAACCGAUGCAGUCUUAGACUUCCUGACUACCUUUUUCAGCCGUCAUGAGAAUCCAUAAACCGUCAUCACUGAUAAUGGAAUGCAGUUUACAUCGGCGGCCUUUUGUGAAUUUCUACAGACUACAGGUAUACAGCACAACAAGACAUCCAUGUACUUCCCCGCAGCCAAUGGAGCAGUCGAGAGGUUCCAUCGUGCCCUGAAAGGCUGCAUACAAACAGCCAUCUUUCAGUCACAGCACUGGAAGGAGGCUGUGACUAACUGGCUUCAAGUGUACCGUGCUAUGUCACAUGCAACCAGUGAUGUCGGUAACGCGUUACUUAGUAAGUAGCUAAAGAUGACAAUAUUAAGGUUCGUUGUACACUCUGUGCUGGUGGCAACAAAGUGCUAUCUAGCUACAAAAACACUACGUCAAAUUUGAAGAAACAUUUGGAGUCGCAGCACAGCACAGUCAAACUUACGGAGCAAGUCCCACCAGGUGGUGCGAAGCAGAGAGCAGGAGGACCCCCACCACCCAAACAACAAAAGCUGGACUUCGGUGCAAAACCAGUAAGUGGGGGAGAUUUGAAAAAGUUGGUCGGGCAGUAUGUUGUAGAGGAAAUGCUGCCCUUAAACACGGUUGACUCGCCCUCGUUUCGUGCCAUAAUAAACAAGAUCCCUACUACUGUCAAUGCCGAGCCAGAAAUCCUCUCAGCUGAGGAUGAAAGUGAUGGCCAGCUGUCUCUUCCCCCUCACCACAGGUGUGCUUCACACACCAUAAACCUCAUUUCCACAAAUGAUGUGGAGAAAUAUUUAACUUCCAAUGCAGAGAGCAAGGCUGUGUAUAGGAGCAGCACAGCAAAAUGCACAGCUCUUUGGACCAAAUCAAGUAGAUCUACCCUUGCAUCAGAAACAGUGGAGGAAGUCAGCAAAAGAAAGCUCCUGGUACCAACAUCCACAAGGUGGAAUUCCUUUUUUGAUGCUGUAAAUAGAAUUGCAGAAAUCCCAAUGAGUGAGCUGAAUACUCUGUGCACCAAGCUGGGAGUUAAGUGCUUCAAAGAUAAAGAGUACCAGUUCCUGCAUGAAUACUGCACCGCCAUGAAGCCUCUGACUGCAGCACUGGACAUUUUACAAGGUGACUGUCCUUAUGGGACUUUACUACCCACACUUGAAGUUUUGAUGCAGAAGACCCUGGCUGUGAAAGAUACCCUCUCCAGGAUGACUGCAGGCCUUCCAGAUGCCAUAGUGCAGGCUAUCCAGACUCGUUUUGCCGGUGUGCUGGACGACAAAGAUGCCCUUCUCGCAUCGGUCAGUUGUCCGAAAUUCAAACUCCGAUGGCUGAGAGAUGCAGGUAGGAGGGAGCGAGUAAAAGAGCUUCUGACAGAAGAGUGCCGCCGCACAACUGCUCCUGCAGCACAGAGCCCUGCCAGUGUGCCCACCACAUCUGCCAGCCAAGGUGAGAUGGACUUUUUCACUUUUGAGGCAGAGCCAGAGGAGACCUACUCUGCAGAAAAUGAAGUCAUGGACUACCUGAAGUCAGCCUAUGACCUUCAGAUUCUGCAUCAGUUUUCAAACAUAAAGAACAUUUUCUUAAAAUAUAACACUCCAACCCCAUCAAGUGCUCCCGUGGAGCGGCUUUUCAGUCUGGGAGGUUUGGUACUCACACCUAGAAGAAAUAGACUUUCUGACAAAAGGUUUGAGAAGCUGCUGUUAAUGAGGUACAACCACUGGUUUACUCGCCCUACUCCACUGUUUCACUCAUAACAUGCGAUUACAAUAUAAGAUUAGGCCAAAGUAACAAAAGUAGACAUGAUAUCAGCCUACAUGUGGUUAUACACUUGUUUGUAAAACCACUCCUUGCUGCUCUAAUGCUGUGAACAACAGGUUCAAUGUUCAUAAAACAUGUUAAAAAGAAUUUAAUAUUUACAUUUUUAAACAAUGUAGAUUAUAAAUAGUAAGUUUUGCCAUUGUAAGUAAGUUUGACAGUGUUAACAGUUAAAUAUGUCAGGUCAAGAAAGACUGUCUUUAUGUUAAGUAAAGUCAAGAAAGACUGUCUUUAUUUUAUUUUUUAUAAAAAACGUAUUUAUGUUAAGUAAAGUCAAGAAAGACUGUCUUUAUUUUAUUUUUUUUAUAAAAAACGUAUUUAUGUUAAGUGAAGUCAAGAGACUAUUUUAUUUUAUUUUUUAUAAAAAAUGAAUUUAUGUUAAGUGAAGUCAAGAAAGACUUUUAUUUUUAAUUUUUGUUGACUUUACUGUUAAAAAAGCACUUCCAAUAAAGUG